AUGACGGCCAUUAACACGAUUGUCUGCUCAACAGAUGAGGCCCGUGUCGACUUGACCUUUGACGGCAAAAGCUCCCUGCAGCAUGUCCUGCAAAACGCGAUGCCGCCCGAGUCCUACGCCAGCAACGCCGCGAUACGUCCCCAUCUCGGCGCGCGGGCGCCUUGUGCGCUGAAUAUUGUCCUGCAGAUUGUUGGCAGCCGAGGUGACACCAAGCUCCGUCCAGACUCGUGCGACGUCCAGCCCUUUAUUGCGCUCGGUACGGAACUGCAGAAGCACGGGCAUCGCGUCCGCAUUGCUACCCACGACGUCUUUGCCGACUUUGUGCGACAGUCCAACCUCGAAUUCUACCCCACGGGCGGAGACCCUUCGGACCUCAUGGCAUAUAUGGUCAAGAACCCCAGCCUAGUCCCCUCUGUAUCUUCGCUUAUGGCUGGCGACAUCAGCCGCAAGCAGGAUAUGGUUCAAGAGAUGCUAGGCAAGUUCUGGCUGUCAUGUAUCGAACCUGAUCCCAUCUCAGGAGCCCCUUUCAUCGCCGAGGCUAUCAUCGCAAACCCCCCAAGCUUUGCGCAUAUCCACCUGGCAGAGGCUUUAGGCAUUCCAGUGCAUCUCAUGUUCACUAUGCCUUACAGUCCCACCCGAGCCUUUCCGCAUCCUCUCGGAGACAUCAUCAACGACUGGAGGAGGAAAACACUGAACCUGGACCCCGUCUCGUCUGCCGACGCACCCAGCCUUCUCAGCACCCACGAGAUACCAUAUACGUACUGCUGGUCUCCUGCCUUGGUACCGAAGCCUCCAGACUGGCCUCCUCACAUCGAUGUCUGUGGCUUCUUCUUCCGGGAGGAACCGCAAUACACGCCGCCCGAUCAUAUUACCCAAUUCCUUCAGGCAGGGCCAACCCCUAUUUAUAUCGGCUUCGGAAGUAUCGUCAUGGAUGAUUCCGCAAGGAUGACCGAUCUGAUAUUGACGGCGUUACAAAGGUCCGGCGCCCGCGCCAUUAUCUCCAGGGGAUGGGCCAAACUUGGUGAAGGCCGCAGCGCUGAAAAUGCCAUAUUUAUUGAUGACUGUCCUCAUGCCGGAGCUGGCCCAUUCCCGAUCCGUCACAAAGAGCUCGACAUCGACAACCUCACCAAGGCUAUCGAGACGCUGCUUGCACCUAACACAAAGACGGCAGCACUCCGCAUAUCAGAAACCAUGCGAACCGAGAACGGCGUCGCGCAAGCCGUGCAGUCGUUCCACCACCAUCUCCCGCGGGACACGCUCACGUGCGACUUGUUGCCCGGCGAGGCAGCCGCCUGGACAUAUGAUGCCAAGCGAUUGGACAAGAAAGACAGGAAGAGAUUUAAGAAUGGGCUGAGGCUGUCUCCUAGAGCCCUGAGCGUCCUCAGUAACCGCCAAAAGAUCGACUUGACUAAGAUGCAACUGAAUCAUCCCAAGCCGCUAGACAUCGAAAACCGCCGAUGGGAUCCAUUGACCGCAACAUCGUCAGCCCUCCUAGGAUCGCUCGUCGAAUUCUCCAAAGGCUUCGGAAGCCUGAUGUCCGCUCCCGUCAUCAAGGUCCGGCAUGAGACUGCGAACCGGGAGAAGAGACACGCCGCAAGAGCAGCCCUCAAAGCUGAUUCCCGGAGCAGAUCGCCCGCAAGCUCCACAACAGCCAUGGACUCCCAAGAGAGGAGCGCAGCAGAUUUUUCGAAAGGAGACCGAGAUGUAUCUGCGUCGUCCAGCGCCGGGAAAUCCGCCGGAAAGGGUAUCUCCAAGAUGACCUCGAGCGUUCUCAAAGGGUCACUAGUUGACGUGCCCCUCGCUCUCACCGAGGGCCUACAUAACCUGCCCGGACUAUACGGCGAAAAGGUCCGGAAGCACGACAAGGUGACAGACUGGAAAAGCGGCACCGCUGAAGCUGGUAAGAACUUUGCGUACAACUUCCUCGACGCCUCGUGGUGCCUGUUCAAGCAGCCCGCCGUCGGCGCAGUCAAGGGAGGCCCCGUGGGAUUGGUCACGGGUCUCGGCAAGGCAGGCUUCGGGCUGAUUGCCAAACCCGGAAGCGGUAAGUCUCUCAACAUUCUGUACCGCUUGUUUGGACCAGGCGGUUUCGAAUCUUUGCUGAUGGGUUUGGUCUUGACUCGGUUAGCCAUGUUUGGCCUUCUUGCAUACCCUGCACUAGGCAUUUACAAGAGUAUUGUAGGAAGUCUUCCAAAGACCGAGAAGAAGGUCCUAGAAGCGCGGCUUGCGCACGACGAGUGCUUUGCCAAAAUUGACCCAAUUAGGGACCAGGAGAUAGAAGUAGUCUUAAGAUCACUUGGAGUGGAACAGCAGCACAGUUGGUGCAUUUCGAAGUAG